AUGCGAUCCAAAAACUUUCCAUGGCUGGCAAAGAUACUUGAAAAUAUAAGAGAACAGUUUACCCGGUCACACAGAGAACAGUUUACCUGGUCACACAGAGAAAACAGUUUACCUCGGUCACACAGAGAACAGUUUACCCCGUCACACAGAGAACAGUUUACCCCGUCACGCAGAGAACAGUUUACCCCGUCACACAGAGAAAAGUUUACCCCAUCACACAGAGAACAGUUUACCCCGUCACACAGAGAACAGUUUACCCCGUCACACAGAGAACAGUUUACCCCGUCACACAGAGAACAGUUUACCCCGUCACACAGAGAACAGUUUACCUGGUCACACAGAGAACAGUUUACCCCGUCACACAGAGAACAGUUUACCCCGUCACACAGAGAACAGUUUACCUGGUCACACAGAGAACAGUUUACCCCGUCACACAGAGAACAGUUUACCCGGUCACACAGAGAACAGUUUACCCCGUCACACAGAGAACAGUUUACCCCGUCACACAGAGAACAGUUUACCCCGUCACACAGAGAACAGUUUACCCCGUCACACAGAGAACAGUUUACCCCGUCACACAGAGAACAGUUUACCCCGUCACACAGAGAACAGUUUACCCCGUCACACAGAGAACAGUUUACCCCGUCACACAGAGAACAGUUUACCCCGUCACACAGAGAACAGUUUACCCCGUCACACAGAGAACAGUUUACCCCGUCACACACAGUUUACCCCGUCACACAGAGAACAGUUUACCCCGUCACACAGAGAACAGUUUACCCCGUCACACAGAGAACAGUUUACCCCGUCACACAGAGAACAGUUUACCCCGUCACACAGAGAACAGUUUACCCCGUCACACAGAGAACAGUUUACCCCGUCACACAGAGAACAGUUUACCCCGUCACACAGAGAACAGUUUACCCCGUCACACAGAGAACAGUUUACCCCGUCACACAGAGAACUUUACCCCGUCACACACAGAACAGUUUACCCCGUCACACAGAGAACAGUUUACCCCGUCACACAGAGAACAGUUUACCCCGUCACACAGAGAACAGUUUACCCCGUCACACAGAGAACAGUUUACCUGGUCACACAGAGAACAGUUUACCCCGUCACACAGAGAACAGUUUACCUGGUCACACAGAGAACAGUUUACCCUGUCACACAGAGAACAGUUUACCUGGUCACACAGAGAACAGUUUACCCGGUCACACAGAGAACAGUUUACCCCGUCACACAGAGAACAGUGUACCCCGUCACACAGAGAACAGUUUACCUGGUCACACAGAGAACAGUUUACCCCGUCACACAGAACAGUUUACCCCGUCACACAGAGAACAGUUUACCUGGUCACACAGAGAACAGUUUACCCCGUCACACAGAGAACAGUUUACCCCGUCACACAGAGAACAGUUUACCCCGUCACACAGAGAACAGUUUACCCCGUCAGAGAACAGUUUACCCCAUCACACAGAGAACAGUUUACCCCGUCACACAGAGAACAGUUUACCCCAUCACACAGAGAACAGUUUACCCCGUCACAUAAGCUAA